CCGGUCCAGUACAAAAUGACAGACAGCAGAGCAGCAGCGUGUGACGCUGAGACGAAGACAGCCGAGCUGCCGAGGCGAGCAUCCAAAUCCAAAUCCAAAGCAAGCAAGGGCGGGCGGCAGCGGAGAGCAAAGCGAUUCGCUUCGCUAUCUGCAGAUCCCCCACCGACUCCCUCCUCCCCUCCCUUCCCUUCCAUUAAUGGCCGCCACCAAGAACCCUCCAACCCCCACCUGACCUUCCCUUCCGCCCGCCCCUCCGUUCCCUGCGCCUCCGCCUGUACGUUCUCAGAGCCGGUCCAAAGGCAGGAGGAGGAAGAGGAGGAGGAGGAGGAGGAGCGCGGCAGUGGGGGUGGGGGCCCACCGAUGCUGAGCUCGGCGUCCUCGGCGGGGGCGGCUAUGGGGAUGGGCGGCGGGUACCCGCACCAGCCCCCGCCGCUGCCGCUGCCGCAGCGAGGUUCGGCGGCCGCGGUCUUCACCGCCGCGCAGUGGGCCGAGCUGGAGCAGCAGGCGCUCAUCUACAAGUACCUCAUGGCCGGCGUCCCCGUCCCGCCCGAUCUCCUCCUCCCCGUCCGCCCCGGCCCCCACUCCGCCGCCGCCGCUUUCUCCUUCGCCGGCCCCGCCGCCUCGCCCUUCUACCACCACCACCACCACCCGUCCCUGAGUUACUACGCCUACUACGGGAAGAAGCUGGACCCGGAGCCGUGGCGGUGCCGCCGCACUGACGGCAAGAAGUGGCGGUGCUCCAAGGAGGCGCACCCUGACUCCAAGUACUGCGAGCGCCACAUGCACCGUGGCCGCAACCGUUCAAGAAAGCCUGUGGAAUCCAAGACCGCCUCGCCUGCGCACCCGUCGCAGCCCCAGCUGUCCACCGUCACCACCACCACCCGGGAGGCUGCUGCCGCCGCGCCUCUUGAGUCCCUUGCUGCGGCUGGGGGUAAGGCUCAUGGCCUGUCCCUCGGUGGCGGGGCUGGCUCAUCGCAUCUCAAUGUCGACGCUUCGAAUGCUCAUUAUCGCUAUGGCAGCAAGUACCCUAUUGGAGCUAAAUCCGAUGCUAGCGAGCUGAGCUUCUUCUCAGGAGCAUCAGGAAACUCGAGGGGCUUCACCAUUGAUUCUCCAUCAGAUAACUCAUGGCACUCCCUGCCAUCCAAUGUGCCCCCGUUUACAUUAUCUAAGGGCAGAGAUUCUGGCCUCCUGCCUGGUGCCUACUCCUACUCCCACAUUGAGCCGCCGCAGGAGCUUGGCCAGGUCACCAUCGCCUCGCUGUCCCAAGAGCAGGAGCGCCAGCCGUUCAGCAGCGGUGGUGCUGGGGCCGGGGCUGGUGGGCUGCUCGGGAACGUGAAGCAGGAGAACCAGCCGCUGAGGCCCUUCUUCGACGAGUGGCCCGGGACAAGGGACUCAUGGUCGGAGAUGGACGACGCGAGGUCCAACAGGACCUCCUUCUCGACCACCCAGCUCUCCAUCUCCAUCCCGAUGCCCAGAUGUGAUUGAGAACGAAGCUCGGGCGGCCACUAGGUGAGUGUUGUCGCAUGACGCUCACCAGCAUCGCGCUCGCUGCUAGCGAGCCUUCACCCCGGAGAUUGAUGAGUCGGCAGCGCCUGCCCCCCGUACCCACCCCGCCCUCGCCCACAACCCAUGCCGUAGCUAUUUGUUUAUCGCAUUAAGAACAGAACUCUCUGUAAGAGCCGGAUCCUACCUCAUGUAUCAAAUGGGGGAGGCACUGAACUCCUCCAUCCUGUUCCUAAGGUUGUACUACCAUGCUUUGUACUAUUUGUUGUACCCAGACCAAGAAUGAAAACCGCCCAGUCGUCGUCGUUGCAUUAGAUGAUGCAAGUGUUUUGUGUGCUUUCCAGAUUUGUGUAAAAUCUGAUGGCGAAUCUGAUAGUAGUCGAGUGUAGUAGGUGACUAGCAUCUGUGGUACCUUUUGUUGUGCUAAACUGAUGCGAAAUCUGAUGCUGCUUGGCUGCUA